UUUUGUAUCGCUGAUCUGUUACUUUCAUGUUCCAGGAUUUGUCUGAGCAGAGAGACAUGGCCAAGCAACUGGCCAGCGCUCCCACUGGCUACAUCCCGGCGCAGCAGCCAGAAGGAGCCGCGGGACUUACAACAAACAAACCGGACAACACUGCAGCUUGCCCGCCGCCCGCCCCUCAGCAUCACCCGGCACCUCAGCCGCCGCCUCCUUGUAACGAGAGCAAAACUUUUUGUCCCACGGAAAAUAAACCGGGAGAACCGGACACCAAUAAAGCAUAUGGGACGUUUAAGAGCACCCCGCCGCCGGUUCCCGGAUCAGUGGCUGUGAACUCGGCCUUUAGGAAGGAUUCCGUCGGUUCGGCCCGCGGGGGGUCUUCCCAUUAUGGCGACCCGCUCCGGGCCACCACAGAGCAGAACAACACCGUAGGCAACUGGACGGCUAUGAGCCAGACCACCAUCAUACUGGGAACAGAUGGGAGCGCGUCUGUUCAGCCUGGAAAUGUGGUGGGGGUGGACGACGAUGAUGACGACGGGGGAGACGAGAAUAAGGCCAGAGGAAACUGGUCAAAUAAACUGGAUUUUAUUCUGUCCAUGGUUGGCUAUGCGGUCGGACUGGGAAACGUGUGGAGGUUCCCUUAUCUUGCCUUCCAAAAUGGUGGAGGAGCGUUUUUGAUCCCUUACCUAACGAUGCUGGGCAUCGCCGGAAUCCCAAUCUUUCUGCUGGAGGUCUCCCUGGGUCAGUUUGCCAGCCAAGGGCCUGUGUCAGUUUGGAAAUGCAUUCCAGCCCUGCAAGGUUGCGGGAUUGCCAUGUUGAUAAUAUCUGUCUUGAUAGCCAUAUACUAUAAUAUUAUAAUGUGCUGGACACUGUACUACCUGUUCGCUUCGUUGAAGGGCUCACUGCCAUGGGCUAACUGUAGGAAUGAGUGGAACACGGUGGAAUGUAAGGACAAAGACAUGCUGCUGUUAGACUCAUGCAUCCUGCGGGACAAAAACACUCUUUCCAUCAAGAACUCCACUUUCUGUCUGUCUGCAAAUGCUGUGGGAAACCUGACAAAGCUGCUAAACAUGACUGCUGAUGGCAACAAGACCUAUGUCAGCCCCAGUGAGGAAUACUUCAAGUACAAUGUGUUGCACAUUUCUAAAGGGAUUGAAUAUCCUGGAGAUAUCCGCUGGCCGCUGGCAGGCUGCCUCUUCCUGGCCUGGCUUAUCGUCUACGCCUCUUUAGCCAAAGGAAUCAAGUCAUCAGGAAAGGUGGUUUAUUUUACUGCUACAUUUCCUUACGUGGUGCUAGUCAUCCUUCUGGUAAGAGGAGUGACCCUCCCUGGUGCUGGUGACGGCAUCCUUUAUUUUAUCACACCAAAAUGGGAGAAACUUAAUGAUGCAAAGGUGUGGAAAGAUGCAGCCACUCAGAUUUUCUUUUCUCUUUCGGCUGCAUGGGGAGGCCUCAUCACGCUUUCCUCCUAUAAUAAGUUCCACAAUAAUUGCUACAGAGAUACCAUUAUAGUGACUUGUACAAACAGCGCCACCAGUAUAUUUGCUGGGUUUGUCAUCUUCUCUGUGAUUGGUUUCAUGGCUCAUGAGUUAAAGGUGCCCAUAGAGAAAGUAGCAGAUGAGGGUCCAGGCAUAGCAUUUGUGGUGUAUCCAGAGGCUCUGACCAGACUUCCACUCUCUCCUUUCUGGGCGAUCAUCUUCUUCCUCAUGCUCCUGACUCUUGGACUGGAUACCAUGUUUGCCACCAUUGAGACCAUUGUAACGUCCGUAUCCGAUGAAUAUCCAAAGUACUUGAGGAAGCACAAAGCACUCUUCACCCUGGUCUGCUGCGUCUCCUUCUUCAUUCUGGGCUUUCCCAUGAUCACAGAGAGUGGGAUGUACAUGCUGCAGUUGGUGGACACAUUCGCAGCCUCCUAUUCUUUGGUCAUCAUUGCUAUCUUUGAGCUGGUGGGGAUUUCCUACCUCUACGGUCUGCAGAGGUUUUGUGAGGACAUCGAAAUGAUGAUUGGUUUCCAGCCAAACCGAUUCUGGAGGCUGUGCUGGGCCUUUGUGACUCCCACUAUUCUGACAGGCAUCCUGAUACUCAGUCUGUACCAGUGGAAGGUGAUGACAUAUGAAGACUACACCUACCCGCCCUGGUCCAUGAUUAUGGGCUGGCUCAUGGUUAUCUGCUCUGUGAUCUGGAUCCCCAUCAUGUUCGGCAUUAAGAUGCACCUGGCCCCCGGCACCAUGGUUGAGCGUCUGAAGUUGGUCUGCUCUCCUCAGCCUGACUGGGGUCCUUUCCUAAUGAAGCACCGUGGAGAACGCUACAAAAACAUGAUUGACCCACUUGGAACCAGCUCCCUUGGUCUCAAACUGCCCCCAAAGGACUUCCAGCUUGGUUCCUAUCAGUAGCAGCCAUCUUGGGAGCAACUCUCCAACCACUUCCAGCUCUUGUAGGAGGUACUUGGAGGGGGGGGGGGGGGAUGCCUGCUUGUAGGCUGUCUUCUCCUUCUUACCUCUCAUCCCCUCCUCCUCCUUGCUCUUUAUCUUAUGCUCCAUAUUUUACAGUAUUUACUUCUAGUCCUCUCUUCAUCACGAAUAUGGAAACAGACUUUCUUCUUCCUUUACUUCUUCACCAUUUCCUGUCUUCUCUCGUGAAGGAGUGGCAACUGCUUCAUACUCAGUUAAGGGGCAGCCAUUGCCUCUCUCACAUGACCACUGAUUACUUCAGAACUCUUCCCAGGAAACCUUAUUCCAAGAGAAAAAUUGUGUCAUAAAAUGACACAGCUCAGACUGCACUUGCAAUAUUAGACCAUAGCUGCUCCCUAUGGAGUUGUGUGUGUUUCUAUGUGUGUGUGCGUGCCAUUAGUUUUAUCUGUAGAGAUAACAAUCCAUGUUGGUGCAAGCAGACACAAGAAAAAAAAAAAUAAAAAAAAGGAAAGAAAGAAAAUUGAGCACCACAAAAAAACCCACCAACAAGAAGAAGAAGAAGAAAAAAAAAAGCAGUUCAAUGAGCUCAGCGGGAAUCUGUGUUUGGUUUCAUCUCUGUACAAAAUUUAAUAGGCAAUACAAAAGAAAAGAAAGAUAUGAUAUGCUAUGUUAUUAGAUUUUGUUCCUAUCCAGGAGUAUAUACUAGUUAUAUAAGCUACUGCUCAGUCGCUCUUGCUUUGUCAAAAACAGAUUACAAGAUCUGCAAUUUGUGCCUCCUACAUCCCAGUAGAGUAGCAAAUACAUACUGAUUACCACUUUCAGUGGAUACACUCUGGCCUUUGAAGACUCAGCAGUGUGAUAGAAGCUUGGAUCUAUUUUUCUCUCUGAACCUGAGGGACCAUGUAUGAUACCCUCUCUCUUUGUCUACUUAUUAAGUUGUGUGCUUGUUGUAUUAUCCUAGAAUGUAACAUUGCACCUUUUUAGUAUAGAAAAUCACUAGAAUAGUCUAUCCACCCUUUGGUAGGCGAUAACUGGGCCAAUUAACCUUUUCGGGUCUCAAAAACUGACCUCACAGUCCCUCUCUACGCAUAUAUUUCAGAUGUGUAUUUAUGUGCUGUGAACUUGUUAAGCCAUCUGUGAAAAUCAUCUUUACAUUGCACAUUA